GUGUAGCAGUGAGGGGGCUGUGCGUGUAGCAGUGAGGGGGCUGUGCGUGUAGCAGUGAGGGGGCUGUGCAUGUUGUGUGCUGGUCUACAACCACCCUAACUUUGAAUCUCAAGAUUCUGUCAAGUGUUGGAAGUGUUAUAUUGGCUGUCAUCUGAUAUGGCUAAUAAGGUAGUGGCGUUGAUGUCUGUGCUGACAGUGGCGUUGAUGUAUGUGCCGACGGUGAAUGCUGCAGCAGAAAUUUUCUUUUCUGAACCCUACAGGUAUUCGUGUCUGCACUACUGUCAGUCACACCAAUAUGGAAAUGCUCUGAGGUAUUGUUGCCGAGCAGCUGAAGUAACUCUUGCUUCAGAACACCUCGAGGGUCUCUCACUCCCUCUUCCCCAGUCUCUCCCCACUGCUCCAUCCCCAACUAGAACCAUUUCAACUAUCCAUGGCACUAGACCCAGCGCCGCAGGAAGAAACUUUGACACCCACACACAUGCUGCUAACCCGCUUUUUAAUCUGCUAGCACUCUCUCUUGGCCCAUCUAUCCCUACCACAGUAAUUACAUCAACUGCUACUGCUACCACAGUCAUAGAUUUGGUAUCUCAGGAUCGUGGUCUGUGUCCACCGCUACGAGAUUAUUGCCCCCGGGGACAGGAUGCUGCACCGCAUCUUGCAUUGUGCAACACAGACUACGGACUGGUGCAUCUGAAAAAAUGCUGUUUUGAUGCAUGCCUCGAGGCUCACGUCUGUAAGACUGCUGUGGGAGACAGACCUCGCAGAGACGCUCUAAAAGAGCAGCAGCAGCAGCAUCAUCACUUAAAGACCAAGGGGGCAGCUGCAGCCACACUAGUAAUGACUGCUGAUGGUGAGCCAGUUAGUGUCGUGGUGAAUGCUCAUGGUAGCCCUGUGUCACUACAUGAGGGUUUACGUGGUGACGUAGUGGCUACAUCUCCGGUGAUCGCCAGUUCUGCCUCGGCUCCUGGUUCAAGAUCACCACGCACCCAAACCAUGGUGCAGUUAUCUGAAAAAGAUGUAGUUUUUAUUAUUGAAGAUGGAAAAGGAAAUGUUGUAGUAGACGAUAACGACAAUACUUUAACGCUGGUGCAGGUUGGCACAGGCCCCACUUUAGUCUUUAAUGAUGAAGGUAUCGAAGUGGUACUUGGAAUAGUGUCUUCAGAUUUUUCGCUCACUGCUACAGUCAAAAGAACUAAAAUUCCGAAUUUGAAUAUCAAUUAUAAAGGUAAUGAAUAUUCAAAUAAAGGUUACAAUCGGGUUAGUGAUCAAAGACACUCAAUGGGUGACAUGAUCAUGGGACACGGCAAGAAUCUUAAAAUGGAAGAUGAUCCUUUAACUGUAAUGAACUCUGAUGGAGUGACUUUUAUGAUAAACAUGCCUUUGGUAUCUGAGAAUGGUUUCUACACAAUAGAAAAUGCUUCGGUAGAUCUUGUGGCUCUAGACAAAGCAAAAGUUAAUGCCAUGCUUGAUAAAGAAGGCAACUUAAUAACCGACGAAAAUAACAUAAUUUCAUUAACAGACGAAAAUUACGUCUCGUUAAUUACCCCCAGCGUUUUUGAGGACGUUUUUGUUGUAGAUGGAGGAGGAGAGACUGUGACGUUAGUGGACAGAGACAAUCUGGCAAUAAAGUUAAGAGAUCAGUUGGGUAAUGAAGUGAAACCGAGAAGUGGGAAGAUGAAACUCAGACUGGAUAACAGUAUUGGAGCAUCACUUCUCAAGACGGUGGAUGGAGUACAUAUAAUAGACGGAGCAGGACAAGUUGUAGAAGAUCAGGAUGGGUAUCCUCUUCGGGUUGUGUCCCUCGACGAAUUUAGUGGUUCAACACUUGAGUACCAGAAUUAAAAAGAUGGAUGAAUCUUCAGUCAGAAGGCUAGUAACAGCCUACUUGAAGUUAUACCCAAAAGCCUGUCUUUUUCCAUACUCUGCGGCAAGAUUUUAUUAACGUUUACACUGUUUUCAGAUACCAGAGACUGACGGUAGUGGCAACUGUCGAAGAAACUGAAUAAGUAAGAGUAUGGACGAAUCUGAAAUGAACUGUCAUAGACGCAUCACACUGACAAGCAGUGUGAAACGUGAUGGUUCAAAUGAGGCUGUAAUUCUGGGUUCUGAUCUUUUUCAGACAGUUGACUAUCACCUGGAAACUCCAUAUUGCUGAUAUUUGUGCCAUUAUUUGUAAUGAAAAGACCUGAUAAGUUAAAAAGUGCAUAAGCCACCUGUUGAAUAUUCUAGGUGCGAUAAAGCGGGAACCUAUUAUCCAGAAGCUGUAUUGUAUGAAUUGAACCGAAUCUGUUAAAUGAAGUAUGGAAAUAACGUCUUCAUACAUUACUGUUGGCAGUUAAGUGGGUGACACUGUAACUUAGCAUUCAAUAAAGAAUACGGGUAAGUAUCCCUCAACUUAUGAGCCUCUUCAUAAAUCAAACGUCGGCAGCAUGACUGUCAUGUACUGAAAUUUGCUAAAAUAUGCAAGUUUCGUAUUCCGAUAAAGUAGAAAACGGGUACUAGUAUGUUAAAGCUGGUGAGAAAACUGAUCAAGUAAAGUUAAAUGAAAUACUCCUGAGAUUAAUAAAAGAUGAAUAAAACAUCAUUCUACA